AGUUUCCUCCAUGAAAUAAAAAGAAGCAUCUUAGAGAAAGAGAAUAGAGCGAGAGAGAUUGAAAGCUUUAGGUUUUCAAAAAAAAACUGAGACCCUCUAGAAAGUCUCUGUACGGGAAAAGCUUUUCUCGAUAUCUUCAGAAAAUGGGCGUCAUGAUCAAUCACCAUUUGCUCGCUAUCGUCUUUGGCAUCUUAGGAAACGCAAUAUCCUUCCUCGUAUUCCUCGCUCCAGUGCCAACGUUUUAUAGAAUUUACAAGAAAAAAUCUACGGAAAGUUUUCAGUCUCUACCGUACCAAGUGUCGCUAUUUAGCUGCAUGCUAUGGCUCUGUUACGCAUUGAUUAAGCAAGACGCUUUUCUCUUAAUUACCAUCAACUCCUUUGGCUGCGUUGUGGAGACUAUCUACAUCGCCAUGUUCUUCACUUACGCUACCAAAGACAAAAGGAUCGCGGCCAUGAAAUUGUUCUUAACGAUAAACGUUGCUUUCUUUUCGUUGAUUCUAAUGGUUACACAUUUCGCGGUUAAAAGACCUAGCCUCCAAGUCUCUGUCCUUGGCUGGAUUUGCGUUGCCAUUUCCGUUUCUGUUUUCGCUGCCCCUCUAAUGAUCGUGGCGCGUGUGAUAAAGACAAAGAGUGUGGAAUUCAUGCCCUUCACGCUUUCUUUCUUCCUCACCAUAAGCGCCGUUAUGUGGUUUGCUUAUGGCUUAUUCCUUCAAGACAUAUGCAUAGCUAUUCCAAACGUGGUGGGAUUCAUACUAGGUAUGAUACAAAUGGUUUUGUACGGAAUUUACAGAAACUCGGGGGAGAAAUUAGAUACCGAGAAAAAGAUGAAUCCAUCAGAACAGCAACUUAAGAGUGUUGUCGUGAUGAGUCCAUUGAGUGUGUCAGAAGUGCACCCAAUUGACGUCUGUGUGACUGAACCAGUGGACCCAUUCUCUGACGCCGUUCAACAUAAAGAUCCAUCCAAAGUUACUAAAGAGAAGGAGCCGGCAACUGAUGACGGAAAGUGCCACGUGGAAACUGCUCGUCAUGAAUCUGUCUGAUGUGUCAAAUGUAUUUUCAACAAGAAGCAAAAUAUUUCUCUCUCACCCUUUCUCUUUCUCGUGGGCCUUGGCUCUCGGCCGGCCGAAGGAAGAAACUGUAUCGAUCGGUGGUUUGGUUCCAUUUUUGUUUCCUAUCUUAUUUAGUAUCAUCAAUGUACUUGCAUUAAGUUCUAUGCUAUAAAGUUUAUCUUCUAAAGUGAAUAUAUUAUCUUUGUAAGUU